AUGAACGUAAUUCCUUGCUGUACGUGGGUUAAAAGAGGAGUUUCGGCCGCUGUUCCCGACAAAGUGCAAUUGACAGCUGAGGAGCUAGCAGGGAUUAUAAAAAAGACUGAAUCAGAUCUUGCUGAAUUUGAAGCUAAUUCUGAUGAUGAUUCUGAUAAAGAAGAAGCUGGAUGUAUUUACAACGAAAGAGAAGGUUCUUUCUAUUGUCACCACGAUAUUUUCUUACCGUCGUUCCCACUGUGUUUUGAAUGGCUCAGUUUUGAUCCUUCUGAUGCUAAACCAGGAAAUUUUGUUGCAAUUGGUAACAUGACGUCCGUUAUUGAAGUAUGGGAUUUAGACAUCGUCGAUUGUUUAGAGCCGAUUUUUAAACUCGGUUGUAAGCCAAGUAAAAAACACAAUAGAAAACGUGUAGGUCACAAAGAUGCUGUUCUUGAUUUAGCAUGGAAUGUUCAAUUACCGCAUAUAUUGGCAAGUGGAUCUGUUGAUAAAACGGUUCUACUAUGGGACAUUGAAAAAGGAGUCCCAGAUACGAAAUUAGAUCAAUUUACCGAAAAAGUUGGAGCACUUCAGUGGCAUCCGAAGAAAUCUUACAUGUUACUGGCUGGAUCUGAAGACAAAACCGCUAAAUUAUUUGACUGUCGAACGAGCGAUACAUUCAAAACGUGGGAAGCUACUGGAGAAGUUGAACGUGUUUUGUGGAAUCAUUUUGACCCCAAUUAUUUCUUUUUAAGUACCAAAAAUGGAAUCAUUGAAUGCAUUGAUAUACGGCAAGGACAGCAUUUAUGGGAAGUAAAAGGUCAUGAAAAAGAAAUAACAGGUCUGUCGCUUAGUUCUUCAUGUCCAGGAUUUUUAGUAACAUCAUCUGAAGAUGGAGUAAUUAAAGUAUGGGACGCAUUGAGCCCACAAUUAUUGGAACCUGUUUGGGAAACAGAAACAAAUUUGGGAGCUAUUCAGUGUCUUCAUUUAUCUCCAAACAGUCCGUUUACUAUCGCUGUCGGUGGUGAUCAUAAAUCUCAUAAUUUCAAAGUAUGGGAUCUCACGGAAAAUUCGCAAGUCAAUGAACGAUUUCGGUCACGAAGAUUGGUUGAGCCAAUCCAGAAUGAAGAAUCUGAUGCCGGAAAUCCUGAAGAUACUGAAGAGAUGGAAACUGAUGAAUGA